AUGAAUGGUUUUUUCAACAACCCGUCCACUUUUCUAACUGAUGAGUUGACCUCAGUGCAUCAAGUAAACUGGCAUGAUCGUAGGACAGGUGGUCGGUUGCAUCGCCGUGCCUUCCAUGUUGAGGCAGGUUUAAAAUGGAGAUACCUCAAGGUGGACAACGUAUGGCUGGGAGUCGAAGCAUGGGAAAAAGGACAAAGAGCUCCAUAUCAUUUGCAAGGCUCACCAGAUCCGUGGUUAGAGGCUCUCCUCGACAAGUCACACAACAUGUGCCGCUGUUGUGGGGAAUUAACUGUCGAUGGGCUUGCUUGGCUUUUUUACAUUGUUGAUAGUGUGAAAAAACUAAUCCGCAUAGUCUAG